AUGAUUGAUCCCUUCCAGACUCUCUUCGCCGUUCCAUUGGAAUGUGACUCUUGUGUACAAGAUGUUUCGGACUCUUUGAAGAAAUUGCCCGGCAUUUUAAGCGUAGAUGCAGACCUCCAAAAACAGCUCGUCACCGUCGAGGGGACAGCUGCUCCUUCGGUGAUUGCUUCCGCGAUUCAGGAGACAGGUCGUGAUGCGAUUCUUCGGGGUAGUGGAAAGCCAAAUAGUGCUGCUGUAGCGAUUCUAGAAACCCAUGCAAAGGACGUACCAAGCCCUGUCCGUGGUCUGGUGAGGAUGGUGCAAGUGUCACCGAAACUUACCAUACUAGACCUUACCCUUCAAAGUCUCUCACCCGGCAGAUAUCAUGCUACUAUACGCGCUUCUGGGGAUAUAUCAAGGGGAGCCGCUUCUACUGGCCACGUUUGGGGAGGCCGGGAACCUGGAAGGGAAGAGGAGGCCAAUAUGCCUCCCAGAGGAGAGAUCGCGUCAAUCGAUGUUGGAAAGUCCGGUUCCGCUAGUGUUCUACUGGACAAACCUCUCGAGGCCUGGGAAAUCAUUGGCCGUAGCUUCGUGGUUUCAAAGGAGCGGGACGGAAGUUUUAGGCAGGAUGAUCCUGAUACCGUUGUUGGUGUUAUUGCCAGAAGUGCUGGUGUAUGGGAAAACGAGAAGACGGUUUGUUCAUGCUCAGGCAAAACCAUAUGGGAUGAGAGGAAGGAAAACGUGGGACGUGGGAUCGUUUGAUGUCGCAUGAUAUAACGUGGCCUAGCUCGAUGGUACCUCGGUAAAUGGUGAAGCGGUUUUCUUGCAUUCGUGCUGGUAACAUGAAAAAAUGAGACAGGCAUUCAAAAACGGUG